CAGACAGGGGGAGAGAGAGAUCCUCCACCGGAGCAGGAAGCUGCUGCUGGGACUACCGAGAAGACAGAGGAGGUACAAAACAACGUCGACAUCAGCUGCAGCGGGGCUCCCACCAUAAUGUAGACCCAACAGAGCCACAACAACAGCCGUGUGCGCCACCUCUACCCGACAACCACGACUACAUGUCGAGGCUGCAGUGGUGAAAAAGGAAAGCUAGGCCGUGGUUCAACAUGAAGGAGCUGAAGGGCUGCGGUAUGCGCUCCUCGGUGGGCUUUCUGUCCCGCAGAGAGCUGACUGGGCAGCCGCUCAUGAAGGAGGAGUUCCAGCGGCGCAGGAUGGCCGGCUGCACCAGCCUCUACAAGAAGGAUAUGCUCGGACACUUCGGCUGUGUCAACGCCAUUGAGUUCUCCAACAACGGCGGGGAAUGGCUUGUGUCCGGAGGAGAUGACCGCCGGGUGCUCCUGUGGCACAUGGAGCAAGCCAUCCAUGCUCGGUCGAAGCCUGUGAAACUGAAGGGCGAGCACCUGUCCAAUAUCUUCUGCCUGGCCUUUGACAGCACCAACAAAAAGGUCUUCUCUGGUGGAAACGACGAACAGGUGAUUCUUCAUGAUGUGGAGAGAAGGGAAACCCUGAACGUGUUCCUGCAUAUCGACGCUGUGUACAGUUUGUCUGUCAGCCCGGUCAAUGACAACGUGUUUGCCAGCUCAUCUGACGACGGGCGCGUUCUUAUCUGGGACACCCGCGAGCCACCAAGUGCAGAGCCGUUCUGCCUGGCCAGCUACCCCUCGGCCUUCCACAGCGUGAUGUUUAACCCCGUGGAGCCCAGGCUGAUCGCCACGGCCAACUCCAAGGAGGGAGUUGGAUUAUGGGACAUCCGCAAGCCACGCAGCUCCUUGCUGCGUUACGGAGGCAGCAUGUCCCUGCAGAGCGCCAUGAGUGUUCGCUUCAACAGCACCGGCACCCAGCUGCUGGCACUGCGGCGCCGCCUGCCACCCGUCCUCUACGAGCUGCACUCCCGCCUGCCCAGCUUCCAGUUCGACAACCAGGGCUACUUCAACUCCUGCACCAUGAAGAGCUGCUGCUUCGCCGGGGACAAAGAUCAGUACAUCUUGUCUGGCUCUGAUGACUUCAACCUCUACAUGUGGAAAAUCCCAAAGGACCCAGAAGCAGGAGGUCCUGGUCGUGUGGUGAACGGGGCUUUCAUGGUCCUGAAGGGUCACCGCUCCAUCGUCAACCAGGUCCGCUUCAACCCUCACACCUACAUGAUCUGCUCCUCCGGCGUGGAGAAAGUCAUCAAGGUGUGGAGUCCCUACCAGCAGCCAGAGAGUCUUGGUGAUCUCGACGGCCGCGUUGAGGACAAGUCUCGUAGUCUCUACACCCACGAGGAGUACAUCAGCCUGGUGCUGAACAGCGGCAGCGGGCUGUCCCACGACUACGUCAGCCAGUCCAUCCAGGAGGACCCGCGCAUGAUGGCGUUCUUUGACUCACUGGUGCGUCGAGAGAUCGAGGGUUGGAGCUCCGACUCUGACAGCGACCUGAGCGAGGAAGCCAUCAUGCAGCUGCACGCCCGGGGACGUCGCACCAUAAGGGCCACGCCGACGCCCCCCACCGCCGUCUCUGCCGCCGGUCACCACAGCGACUCUGAUAACUCGUCCUCCUCGUCUCUGGCUGGACCUGAUGCUUCAGGAGGAGAAGAGCAAGCCGGGGCAGAGGUCGAGGAGCGGCCGAGGAGACGAGGCAGGCAUCAGCGGCAUCAGUCCGGCUUCCUCGUCAAUGAGGACUCGGACUCGAGUGAGUUUUGGCUCGACCCCAUGCCCCGGCCUCGCUCGCCAAGCCCCAGAGACAACUCCACGCUGUCCAGCCCCACCUCGUCUCCUUCGCUCCCCGUCGGAGCCUCCAGCUCCUCCACGUCCACUUCCAGCUCCAGCAGUGACGACGAGGAGCGGCGCAGCGCGGUGAGGCGGCGCAACGUCAUGAGGCGGCGGCGCAUGAAUGUCGUCUCCCGAGCCGGGGACCGGCCCGAGUCUGUGCAGACUCUGUUUUCAGCCAUCGACUCCUGCAGCUACCCAUCGAUUUCAAUCGAAGACCUGUCUUCUUCCUCGUCGGGCGAGGUACAGAACUCUCUCCAGAUCAAGGCUGGCGGUGCCAGAGACGAGGAAAAGUGUCUGAGCCCUUCUGACUUUGUGUGUCUGAGCCCAGUAAUGUCCCCUGAGAGCCAAGAGAAUGAGGAGGAGAGUGACAGGACUGAGCUGGAAAGACAUCCAGCUGUGUCACUGGACGGACACAGGCCAGAAGCAAGAGCUGUUAGAGAGCCGGCUUUGGACAGCUCCGAUAGCGGAGAGGCUUGUAGCAGCUCAGUGGCUUUAGACUGUACCUCUCCCAGCCGACACAGCCCCGGAGUGAACGGGCGACACUGGACUGUAGCACCUUAUGUGAGGGAGAACCUCCCUGUCUCCUCAGAGUCGGAGGAAGAGACUGGCAUUGCACCUGAAGACAGCAGGCCGCAGAGAGAAAAGGGCCUGGCACAGAGCGCUCUGAAACGGACUCAUGUGGGAUCAGAGGAAGGCGAGUCAGGCUCCUCGCCCUCAGAAAAGAAGUUAAAAACAUGAUGACAUCUUUCUCAUCCCGGAAAGUCAUCAUUUGUUAACAGACUUAAUUUAGGAAGUGGGUUUUCUAUAGGUUUUUACAACUCAGCUUUUUCAUUUUGCGUCUUGCAGUCAUGUGACAUGUCAUAUGAACUUGCGCUGAUUCUGAGCAGAAGACGUUAAGGAGCUAAAAAAAAAAAAGAAAGUGUUGUUAAUUUUUUGUUUUUGAACAAAUUAAUACGACAAUGUCAUCGUUCUUUUGGUCAAACCAGAGAUGACACUAAAAGGAAAAUGUAAAACACAAGCUAAGUAUUGUUGAUAACAAUGGUAUUUUAAGUGAAACACAUUUACUUUAAUGCAGCAUCGGUGUUUCUUUCUCAUGCUUUGGUUGUUGCAGAAAGCUCCACCCAGGAUUUGGAGCUCCUCCAGCCAUAAAAAAAGGGUCUUAUGGAGGACAAAAGCUUUGCAGCAUUUUAAUUUUCCACGGUUUCACACUGAGCAUAAAUCUGAUUGGGCUUAUUUUUAUUUAGAUUCUUGGCUCAGACUGCUUCGGGGUGUUUGAAGAAUUGACUUUGUCUGUGUGAAAUCUUAAAGAGUGCCAUUUGUUUAAGCUGUGCAUUGAAAAUUAUGCUUUCAGUGUCCCCACCGAUUGUUUUUUGUCUCAUUAUCCAGCCGCUGGGUACCAUUACAAGCCAAGGCUUGCUUUUGUUUUCUUGCAAUAAAAGAAUAAUUUGUUCUCCAGCGACAA